UGGCAGUUAAAACCUCAUUGACAUAUCGUCUUGCAUAUCAAAUAUAAAUUGAGCUAUGUUAGCCGUAGUCGUGUGUUUAUGUCACCUCAGCAAAUUUACAUUCCAUAAAACAGCAGGCAUCUUGAGUUUAUUAACUUUUUACUUUCCACAAGUUCAACUCCAGCAGAAGACACUGAACCUGUUCCUUCCUCCCAUCUUAUAUUCCCUUCAACCAAACUAAUUUCCUCCAGAUGUGAGAGCGAUGCAGUGAUUUAAAGGAAGCACAUUAUCUUGGGACAUGGAGCUGUGGAAUAUGACUGAUGUGCCAGCCACGCCCUUCUCUCCUCUGUCUAACUGCACUGUGGACACCAGCUACCGCUUCACCUUCUACCAAGUGUCCUACGGCAUCAUCUUCCUGCUGGGGUUGGCCACCAACAGCCUGGUUCUGCGCAGACUGUGUGUAUCCCCCCGCACCAUGAACAGCACCGCCAUUUACAUGCUCAGCCUGUCGGCUGCCGACUUGUUUUUUGUAAUCUCUCUGCCGCUGAGAAUCUACUACUACCACCAAAAGGCCAGAGCCUUGUCCUCAAAGACAGGAGACCCGUCUAGUUGGACUCAGGGAGCGGCAUACUGCCACCUCACUUUCAUCCUCAAAUACAUCAGCCUGUACGGGGGCAUCUUCUUCCUGGUGUGCAUCGCUGUGGACCGGUACUUCGCUGUCGUGCACCCGCUGGCCUCAACGCUCCGCAGGCUGCGUGUUGCACAGCUGGUAAGCGGGGGGAUCUGGUGCCUGGUGCUGGGGCUCAGCGUGGGUCUGCCUCUGCUGCGCUUUGCAGCCGCUCGCCAACACCAACCCUGUCUGCUGGACGCGUCCUCGCGGCGCCACCGCGCCGUCAUCCUGGCAGCCCUGGGCUUAGUCCUGGGCUCAUUUCUGCUGCCCGCCGUGCUACUUCUCUGCAGCUACUGCAGAAUCCUGAGCGUGCUCCGCAGGCCGAGACACCGCGGCCGUCGGCACACCCUCACAAUUAUCUACUGGGUGUUAGGCAUCUUCCUGCUGUGCUUCGUCCCCUAUCACAUCAACCUGCUGGGAUACACCCUCACACACGUGGGGCUGCUGCACCACUGUGGCCUGGCCAAGGUGACCAAGGCGGUGCACCCCGUGGUGUUAUCGCUAGCGAGCUCCAAUUGCUGCCUCAACCCGCUCGUCUACUACUUCUCCAGCAGCCUGGUGCACAGGGAGGCGCCCGGUAGUAGAGGCAGUGGCAGCCAGUGACACGGAUUGUUUCUUUAUCAU